GUCACAAACGUCGCGUACCGCCCGAAGCGUUCGAAGUGCUACACAGAGCAGCGUCAGCAGCAGCUUGUAGUGCAAAUAGCAAAAAUUGCCGUCGCAGUAAACAAAAAAUCACAAAUUAUUAAAAUUUUCGCCGAGCAGCCAGUGCACUGCUUGAGCGCAUCGUCGGCGCCAAAAGCAAUAAAUUAAUAAACACAACUAAUUUUGACUAAUUAAAGGGUGUUAUAUUUGCAAAGCGGCCAUGUGAAGUCAUUACUAUUGCUUUUUACGGCAAAUCUUGUAUAAAUAUUUUGUCUACACAAGCAAAAAAUGCUUACGAGCCGUAAAAAAAUUCUUUGACUGUCUGAUUUUUUUUUAAAGCUUUGCACUUUUUUCACCAUUUUUUUUUCGUCUGCUAUAAUUUCUGUUAUCGCGGUAGCAACUGUUGCUCGUCGUUGUCGGUAUAAACGUUCGUUGUUGCUGACGCGCGCGCUUUUUCUAUGGCUAACUGAUGCUCGGCGCUUUUCGGUGGGCUGACAAAAAAUGUCUAAAACAGCAGAAAAUCACAAAGCGCUGUGAAAAAAUUGAAAUGACAAAGUGCUGGGCUUAAGCGUAUGAAGGUAAAAAUUUGUGUGUGGAAAUGUGUUUGUGACAAGACGCAAAAUGAAAUCAAAGCAAAUUUAUGGAAAUGUAAUAUUUGAAAAAAAAAAAAUAAAAAAUAAUAAAAGAACAUCGAAAAACAGUGAAAAAUAAUGAGUAAUAACAAAUUUCAAACUGAAAAAAAUAACAAAAAUAAUUUGCGCGCAAAUGUCAAUAAAAAGUGGUUUAAAUAAAGUGAACAGCAUGAGUGUAAAAAAACAAACAAACAAAAAAAAAAUAAAAAAUAUAACAACAGUAUUUUGUCUAAAAUAGAAAUUUAAUCAAAAAGCAAAAAAAAAAUACAACAACAACAUUUUUUCUAAAAUACAAAUGGAAUUGUUGCAAAAACUAGAACAACAUAUUUUCUAAAAUACAAAUUUAACUGAAGCAUUGGAAAAAUGCAAAAACAAUUUUUUUUUAUAAAAAUCAUACGAAUUUGACCCACCUAAAAUGUUGACUUUUAUAUAAAAGGGGGCAUCAUUUAUGAAAAUAAUAAAAAAUAUUAUUAAAUUAAGAAAUUCGCAAAAUUGCAGUUAAUAACUGUUUCAUAGCCAAAACAACGCCAAACAACUUGCUACAAAUACACCCAGCUAAACAAAAGCACUUUGCUGAAAAUGUUAACAACAAAUUGAAAAUCACAAAAAAGUGGAAAUUUUUUUUUCAUAUUUAUUUUCUAUAAAUUUGUGCUAAUUUUAAAAACUCAGCGCGGCGUAAAAAACCGUCGGCGUUUCUGGCUGUUGUUGGGAUUUAUGGUUUUGUGAAUGGAAUUUUUGUGAUUAAAAUUAGUAACGUUUGAUAUGCAGCUGUUUUACAUUAAUUAACGCAGAUUUUUCCAAAAAUCAAAUCACAGUGUUUAAAAAUGCAUAUGAAUAGUGUUGAAAAGUGCAAUAAAAGUGUAACUGUAAAUUAAUUUUCUGGAAUAAAAAUUAAAACAAACAGUUUUCAAAGUGAGCGUUUUUUCAACAGAAAAAGCAAAUAAAUUCAACUAUAAUUUCAGCACUUAAAUAAUAGUAGCAGAAACAGCAACAACAUGGAUUGUGAUUAUUCGAAAUUUCUAUAUAAACACGGUAUAGUCGGACCCGGCACCAUUACGUCGCCGUGGCCACCGAUGGGUGCCGGCCCGCCGGGUGCGCUAGGGCCGGCAGACACAAAUGGCAGUAUGGUGGAUAGUAAAAAUUUGGAUGUCGGCGAUAUGAGCGACGACGAAAAGGAUCUCUCCUCUGCCGAUGCGGAAGGUGUUUGGAGUCCGGACAUCGAACAGAGUUUUCAAGAGGCUCUCUCCAUAUAUCCGCCAUGUGGUCGACGAAAAAUCAUUCUAUCCGAUGAGGGUAAAAUGUAUGGCCGAAAUGAACUCAUCGCUCGUUAUAUCAAGCUACGCACAGGCAAGACGAGAACAAGAAAGCAAGUCAGCUCGCACAUACAGGUGCUGGCCAGACGGAAAUUGCGUGAGAUUCAGGCGAAAAUCAAAGUCGAACCCAACGGCAUCGGCGGCAUAAACGGUCACGCCCAUUCGCUGCACUUGCUCAGCGAGAAGGAGAAAGCACUGCAGGCUAUGAGCGGUAUGACCAGCUCACAAAUCGUAUCGGCGCAGGCGGCGAAAAAUCUCGCAUAUGCCGCUUCGGCGGCGGCCUUCACCGCGGCUGGCUUGCAUCAGCCCACGCACGGCGCUGUCGGGCCACCCGGCGCAGUGCCACCACUCUCGCCAGCACUGCCUGCACCUGCGGCCACAUCAGCAACCUCCUCGUCUUCGUCGGCAACAGCAGCUGCUGCAGCAGCAGCCGCGGCGGCGGCGCAUGCGUACACACACCUACAUUCGCCGCAUACACACUCGCAUCACCUCCAUCAGCAUCACCACCUCAACCACCUUAGCCAACAUCACCAUAACCACCACCACCACCACCACCAGCACCAUCCACACCACCACCCGCAGCACCCGCAUCCGCACAGCGCUAGCGCACAUCUGCCCACGCAUCCGCACUUACCGCAGGUCACCUCUGCGGGCACGCUAUAUUUACAACAACAACAUGCGGCGGUGGUGGCGGCAGUGGCGGCAGCACAGGUGCAUCAAAGUACGUCGGGAACGGCGACGACGACGACAGCGACAACGCCAGCGACGGCGUCCGGUGUGCCACACGCCGCACAUGCGCAUGCGCACACGCCACUCCAUCAUCCACCGAUGUAUCCGGGCCAAUUCUGGCAGCCCGGUUUGCAGCCCAGCACCUCACAAGAUUUUUACGAUUACAGCAUUAAGCCAUUCGCACAACCCCCCUAUCCCGCCGGCAAACCAUCGACAGCUGUGUCUGGUGACAUCGAAGCAGGUCUUCCGCCCGCACAACUGCCGUGGGAGGGCAGAGCGAUUGCGACGCACAAAUUUCGCUUGCUCGAAUUCUCGGCAUUCAUGGAGAUACAAAGAGAGGAAAUCUAUCACCGGCAUUUGUUCGUGCAACUCGGCGGCAAACCGUCCUUCUCCGAUCCGCUACUUGAGACUGUUGACAUUCGACAAAUCUCCGAUAAAUUCCCUGAGAAAUCAGGUGGUCUCAAAGAUCUCUACGAAAAAGGUCCACAGAACGCUUUCUACUUGGUAAAAUGUUGGGCAGACUUGAAUACCGGCAGAGAGACGGGUGAUUUUUAUGGCGUUACGAGUCAAUAUGAGAGUAACGAAAAUGUUGUGCUCGUCUGUUCGACGAAAGUCUGCUCCUUCGGCAAGCAGGUGGUUGAGAAAGUGGAAACGGAAUACUCACGCUUGGAGAAUGGUCGUUUCGUAUAUCGCAUACAUCGGUCACCGAUGUGCGAAUAUAUGAUCAACUUCAUACAGAAAUUGAAGGACCUACCCGAACGAUAUAUGAUGAACAGUGUGCUGGAGAACUUUACAAUACUGCAGGUGAUGCAAGCGCGAGACACACAAGAGACCCUGCUCUGCAUAGCGUACGUGUUCGAGGUGGCGGAACAGAACAGCGGCGCCACACAUCACAUCUACCGAUUGAUAAAGGAAUAGCAUGA